AUGUGGCUUCAAUUAGGAUAUUUACUAUGUCUUUCAAUUGCGGUGGGUUUUAUAAAAGAAGGUACAUGUGCUGUAACGCAAAGUCCCGCGCAAACGAACAUUUCACGAGUCAAUCCUCAAGUUGAAGACGAUGAUUUUGUGCCUUAUCAGGGCGAACUUUUUACCGUAUUCGAUUGGAUGCUAUUCAGGAAUCUAGGCAAAGCAAAUGGAGGAAAUGUACUACUGUCACCGAUAUCUAUAAAAUUAGCGUUAGUGCUUCUUUAUGAGGGAGCUCAAGAUCAAACUGCACAUGAACUUGCCGGAGUCAUGCAUCUUCCAGUCAGCAUGUUGGCUACUCGAGAGAAGUUUACUAAUAUUCUCAGAUCUUUGCAGACUCCAUCUCCUACGUACACUUUAAAUCUAGGUUCGCGCAUUUACAUCGAUAAUAAUGUGCUGACCAGACAACGUUACGCAGCGACAGUGAAAAGUUUUUACAAUACCGAUGUGAUCAACGCAAAUUUAUCCGACACACACGCAAUCGCGACCAAAGUUAAUUCUUGGGUCAAUAAUAUUACGAAUGGACACAUCGAAAAAAUGAUAGAUGAUGAGAAGGGUUUGAAGGAUUCAGUCAUGUUGGUCGUGAAUGGAUUAUUCUUCAAAGGCGCUUGGCGCCGCAAAUACUUUUCGCCCGAGAAUACUCGAGUUUCCAAAUUUCACAUAAACGUCAAUGACAGUGUAGACGUGCCGUAUAUGCACACCCUGGGUCGAUUUUAUUACACCGAAUCGUCCAGACUCGAUGCGAAAAUUUUGCGAAUUCCGUAUGACGGCUCAAAAUUCGCUAUGUAUAUUGUACUGCCGCACACGCUAACAGGCGUGGAUCAUAUUGUUAACGAAAUUAAUCCGUUCACAUUGGCGAGAGAUGUGUGGGCCAUGCAGGAACUGCCUCUUAACGUCUGGAUUCCGAAGUUCAAGUUUGAAUUUACUAGCCAUCUGGAAAAUACUUUGCGUGAACUCGGUAUCCGCGAUAUCUUUGACGAUACCGCGCUGUUGACGAAUAUAGUAAAAGCGAGACGAGCUUCUAGACAUUUGCAAGUAUCCGAUGUAGUGCACAAGACUGGAAUAGAGGUGAAUGAAAACGGAACAACUGCUUAUGCUGCAACAGAGAUACAAAUUGGAAAUAAGAUAGAAGAGAGCACGUUUCACGCUAAUCAUCCGUUUGUGUUUUACAUCGAGGACGAGACCACCGGUACUAUCCUUUACAUAGGCAAAGUUCAAAAUCCCACGAGUGCAUCUGGAACUACUGGAAAAGUGCAGCAAGAGUUUCCAUCACGAUUUAACCCGGAUACAGCGAUCAUAUCUCCUACUUCCGUUGUUCCAGGCGCAAUCAGCACCGAGGACCGAUAUUCCUUCUUCAACAUCGAUCUCCUGCAGAGAGUAAACGAGAUCGUCGAGGGUAAUCUUAUUCUGUCUCCCGCCAGCGCGAAAGUCGCCCUUACAAGUUUAGUGGAAGGCACAAAUGGUCGAACACGUCACGAGCUCCUCGCGGCUCUGAGAUUACCGCCGGAAGAGUACCUCAUCAGAAGGAUAGCAAAACGCACUCUUGUACCUUUAAAGAGUCAUCAAAAUGGCACGGAAAUUGAUGUAGCAACUCGCUUAUGGAUCAAUCCGACUCUUACGGCGUCUACUAAUUAUAUAACUGACUUGCGUGAUUUUUACGGAACCGAUAUUCGACAGUUGAAUUUUGGGAAUGCAAACGACGCGGCUAACACUAUCAACUCUUGGGUUCGCGAGAACACACGGAAUAACAUCAAGUCGAUCAUUCAGCCUGGUACUCUGACUGCCGAUACUCAGAUAGUGUUAACUUCGGCCUUGUAUUUCAAAGGACGAUGGUUAAAAUCCUUCGACAAGGACGCCACGCGUGUACGAUGCUUCCAUAGUCUUCAAAGUGGUUGUCAAGACGUUCGUAUGAUGGAGAGCACUUCCAAGUAUCGAUACGGAUAUAUAGCCUCUCUUGACGCUGAUGUAGUGGAAAUCCCAUACUCAAAUGGCAGGACGUCUAUGCUGAUAUUCCUGCCGUCGCAUCAGGAAAGCGAUCCGUAUCUCCAAAUUCUCUCCAAAGAUCUGUCAUACGUACCGAUGAAAACGCUACUCACUAGUCUCAACGAAACCGACUUGAUACUUGCUAUUCCGCGAUUUAGCAUCGAAAGCAAAUUAGAUUUGCGUUCACCCUUGAUGCGCAUGGGCGUGCAGGACAUUUUCAGCCCGGCAGCGAAUUUCACUGGAAUCGUGCCUAAUCAAUAUUUGCGAAUAGGAAAUAUAAUUCAAAAUGCUAAGAUAGAAGUCGACGAGGAAGGAACCAUAGCUGCCGCGGUGACAGAAUUUACGAUUGUACCGCUUAUGGCUAACAUGGUGCCAACUUUCACAGCGAACAGACCAUUUAUCUUCGCCAUUGUUGAUGUGGUAACAAGCGAGACUCUCUUUGCUGGUCGUUUCAUGGGUCCUAACGCGAACAAUUCUAGAAGCUCCAUUCAGAAAUAAGCCUAACACUCAUCAACUAUCGUUUUUAUACUUAAAAAAAGUAAUUAAAAUAUAAGAGCCUACCGUUUAGGUAGCCAAUAUCAAUAUCUACCGCUUUCUAUGACAAAAAUUUCGUUUCUGCUACGACUAUAGGACAAUUACUUACUUUUUAUACAAAUAAAUAAUUAGUUAAAAUUAAUAUAAAAUACAUAGUGCUGCCCAAGAUUUAUAAUUUUAAAAUUCUAAAUUAUUAAUAAAUUAUUGAAAUAUACUUUUGUGCCAACAUUUGCCUAUUGUUCGGCUCUUUGUUGAUAGAGGUUACAAAAGGCAAUAGCUAUUGCUUUUUACGUAAAUAUGACACACAUCAAGUCAACGUUCAAAAUUACAAAUCUUAGACAGCAUUUAAAUAUAUUAACUCUUAUAAUAGAUUUUGCAACAAAAUAUAAAAUAAAAAUCUAUCAUAAAAA